AUGCGCGGAUUCAGCGGGAAAUUAGGGCGGUACCGACGGUGUAUGCUGCUGGUGGGGGGUGUGACUUUAGUGAAUGGCAUUCUGUCUGUGAUUCUACUGGAGCUGAUUAUCAACGGUGCAAGGUCGUGCCCCGGGGGUAACUGCCACUUGCAUGUGACCGAAGCUGAUGCGCAGCUGAAGAAUUAUGACAUCCAUUCCACCCGCCAGCUGUCGUCACGCAAGGCCCAGUUCCUCUCGGACGACGCUGAUGUGGACAAUGACCUGGACAUAGAAGCUGACGUGGACGACGGGUCUGUCGUGGAUAUAGAAUUGCCCUCCCUCUCCCUCUCCUCCUCCUCCUCCUCCUCGUCUCAAACACGAGGGAGAGGAGGGCAGACGGGGAGAGGGGGCAAGCAAGGGAGUGAAGGAAAGCAGGGGAGGUUAAGGAAAGGGGGGAAUGUGGGAAAAGGAAGGAGGGGCGGAGCAGAGGGAAGAGAGGGAGGAGAGGGAGGGAGAAUGGGCUAUGCUAAGGCCAGAGAAGGUGUGAGAGGAGCAAGAGGCGCAGCAGGAGAGACACGCCACGCGUUGAAAGGCAAAUCUAGUAGCUCAUCAAGGUCCGGGUCUUCCUUCUCUCGCUCCUCCUCGUCGUCAGAUGAAACUCCAGAUGAAACGCCGGAGGUUUCAUCUUCCGUGUCAUCUGACUCGCGGUUCAGUUUCUUCGCCCAUCUCGACGCUGCUGCUGCACACCUCUCCACUGGCCGUAAAGCAAUCUCCGGUCGUGUUUCCUCCCCCCGUUCUCGAGGCUCCCCCAUCCCCUCUAGUGUCUCCUCCCACUCCCGUGUCACCCCCUCCCCAUUUCACUCAAACCGAGCCGUCACCACACCGAGGCCUGUUGUUACAAAAGCCGUUCUUCCCUCGCCUGCUGUUACCACACGUACUGUUGCCACACCCAAACAGACUGCCGCCCAAGAGAAACAGGCUCGUCUUCAACAGCAGCAGAGGGAAGCAGCCGCCCGGCAGAAGGAAGCAGCCGCCCGAGAAGCUGCCGCCCAGCAGCAAAAGGCUGCCGCCCAACAGAGACAAGCUGCUGCCCGAGAAGCUGACGCCCAGCAGCAAAAGGCUGCCGUCCAACAGAGACAAGCUGCCGCCCGAGAAGCUGCCGCCCAGCAGCAAAAGGCUGCCGCCCAACAGAGACAAGCUGCCGCCCAGCAGAAGGAAGCAGCCGCCCAGGAAGCUGCUGCCCAACAGAGACAAGCUGCCGCCCAGCAGAAGGAAGCUGCCACCAAGCAGAAGGAAGUAGCCGCCCAAAAGGAAAAGACUGCCGCCCAGGAGCAGCAAACCGUUGCCGCCCAGCAGCAACAAACAGGGCCGAAAACCCGAACCCCCAAGCCUUUUUACGAACGGAUGAGCGCCAAGUGGCACGUAACCCCUUUACCGCGCGUGCACGGCGCGUACCUGUUACAGCAGAAGCACGACUACUCGUGCGUGUUACUGGUGCAGGACCUGUGCUACCUGUUUAUGGCGGGUAAAGGGGCAUACCAUAACGCGUACACAGGUGUGUGGUUUGUGAGGGAGGCUAUGAGUGAGAAUAGCUCGGAGUUAGUGGGGCCAUACUCGCCUGACUGGAAGAAGCCAAGGGGAGCGACCAAGGGAAGCAGCAGAAGGAGGCUAUUAAGUAGUGGCGGAGGGUCGGAGCUAGUGGGGCCAUAUUCGCCUGAGGAGCAGGAGGAGCAGGAACGGCAGACUUCGGAGGUUUUAGCCGGGCACAGGGAGGGCCGGCCUGUGUGCUUUGAUCAGGUGGCGUUUGUGCUGAAUGCUCGGCAUUUAAACUCGUCCACACAGGGGUUUAAGGAGGACGCUUGGGGUCUGGCAGAGGUGGCUGCGAAGGUGUUUCAGCGGAGGGAGGAGAACGGGGUGACAGGGGAUGGGAACAGGGAUUUCGAGGUUGAGGAGGAGAUGGAGAUGGGGGAGGAGGAGCAGGAGAAGCAGAGGAGGAGAGACGAAGCCGGUUCGGCGAGUAAAAACAAGGAGAGCCAAGAGGAGGGUGAGAAGAGGUUUCGGGAGGAGGCGAUUCAGCGAGAGAGAACGCACGCGCUCGCACGUGUGGUGAUCCGGCAGGGAGACGAGGUUUUGAACGCGGCUUUAAGGGGGCAUGACUUUGAUCGGAAGCUGGAAGUCACGGUGGUGGAGAGGGAGGAGCAGCGCACAGUGAGCAACAUGGGGGAGGUGGCGUGGCAUGUGAAGGACCUCUUUCCCCGCCACGUCACCAACCAGUACCACCUUGCUGACUCACCACUGCUCGAGCAGAUGGCACUGUUUCAGCACACGGCGCUGUUCAUCAGCAUGCACGGCGCCUCCCUCAGCAACCUCAUCUUCCUCCCCCCAGGCAGCACCGUCCUCCAGCUCUUCCCUCUCAAGUUCCACUUCGAUGCAUACAAGAACCUCGGCCUGCGCAACCGAAUCAACUACUUUAUCAUGCACGGCGCCUCCCUCAGCAACCUCAUCUUCCUCCCCCCAGGCAGCACCGUGCUCGAGCUCUUCCCUUUCAAGUUCCACUCCGAUGCAUACAAGAACCUCGCCCUGCGCAACGGAAUCAACUACUUCAUGUGGGAGAACACCCACCCGGAAGCUUCCUCCUACACCGACGAUUGCUUAGCUAAGGGCGGGUGGGAGAAUCUGGAGGAGAAGGAGUGUCGGAACGUGAGGGGGUGUUUUCUGUGUGCGAGGGAUCAUUCGGUGACGGCGGUGAAUAUGGAGGAGCUGGAUAAGGUGCUUCUGAAGGUGCAGAGAGCGGUGCGGAGGUUUCUGCAUGAGGAGAGCUUGAAGAAGCUGCAUGGGGUUACAGCAGCUGCUGUUACUGCUUAG